UGUCAGUUCAGUCCAUUCGGAGCAUGUAGUACGGCUGCAUGGGUCGUACAGUUUAAACGACAUUGUACACCAAAAUUCAGGAAAUAUUUUUUGAUGGCAGGACAAGAAAUCUCUAAAGAGGAGGCGCUAUCACGCCAUGGAUACAGACAUGCGUGUCACAUUAUGCUUUAUGCUGACACGAAUGCUAAACUUUUCGGAAAGAUUCCCAUUAAGCACAUCGUCCUGAUGCAGAUGCGUUUUGAUGGGUUGUUGGGCUUUCCUGGGGGUCUUGUAAACCCUUCAGAGGAAUCCCUUGAAUCUGGCCUCAGCAGGGAAUUAUGGGAGGAGAUAGGUGCGGCCAUUCCUGUCAGCCCCGAGGACCACCUCUCCUCCUGCUUUGCCCCCUCCACCCCCCACCUCAUUACACACUUCUACACUAAAAAGAUGAAAGAGGGAGAGCUGAGGGAGGUGGAGAAAGCAGCAGUCAUGACAGCGACUGACCAUGGACUAGAGGUGAUGGGGAUGGUUCGAGUACCCCUGUACUUUCUGAAAAAUGGAGGGGGGUUUCCCGCCUUCCUCUCGCACUCUUUCAUCAGCAACUCUCGCUCCCAGCUGCUGUCGGCACUCGGCGUCCUUGGGCUGGUGUCGCAGGAUGACCUCAGAGCCGCUGCUGCACACGCAGAAAAGAUGAGGCACUCCGAGACCCAGUGAUGGAGCCCGCUCCAGUAGGACUUCGUGCUCUUUUCACUUAUCUCAGGGCACUGCCUGCAAACUCAGAAAUACACACACAGAGUACACAUACCAGUUGCAUCACGUACUGUGUACAGUGCCCUCCAUAUUUAUUAGCACCCUGAAAGCAAAAAAACAUGAUAUAACAGAAGAAAAAUACAUAUUACAUUCUUAAAAAUGUUAUACAUGAACUGAA